UGACUAUUUUGCAUAAUUACAACUAGCGGUAGCUAUAAUUAUUUAAUCUACUGUACACAUAGCCUUACCUCAACUGAAGUGUUUUCUAAGAACAUUUAACGUGGUUCGGCAAAGUGAACGGAGUUGCUAAGUGGAGAGUUUUCUUUCUCUAAUUAAUUUGCUGGAUAUUAUUUUGUUGGCGGAUCAUAAUAGGUCAUGUUAAUGCUAAAUUGAAACAGCAAAAGUCCACUGCUAGGUUGCUUUUGAAAAGAGCCCUUGUGUUCAGAAGAAACCGAAAACCCCCCAGUAAGGUUGCACGUUUUACAUGCACCGCACAUUCAUACAUUUGGAGGCGUGUUCGCUUGUAGUCCAAAGCGGGCCUGUGAAUCUGCAACACAGAAACACUGAAGAUAGUUACAAAAAUGGCGGCUGGAGCGACGAGCGGCCACGGUGGUCGUGGCUCGUCGGCCACUUUGGAGUCAUCUUUGGACCGCCGAUUUCAAGGAGUGACUAACACAAUGGAAUCAAUACAAGGAUUAUCCACCUGGUGCAUCGAAAACAAGAAAUACCACAGUUUGAUCGUGCGGUACUGGAUGAAAUGGUUGAGAAAAUCUGAAGCGGCUCACAGACUCAACCUCUUCUACCUCGCCAAUGAUGUCAUUCAGAACUGCAAGAGGAAGAAUGCCAUCGUCUACCGCAACUCCUUCGCCGAGGUUCUGCCGGAGGCCGCCCUGCUGGUCAAAGACGCAAAAGUGCGCAAGUCCGUGGAGCGGAUCUUCUCCAUCUGGGAGGAGAGGAGCGUCUACCCCGAGGAGCUCAUUUCGGAGCUGAAGGCCGGCCUGGUGAAGAAGGAGCCGCCUCCAGCGCCUGUCAACCCCAAAGCUGCGCUGAAGUCCAAGAUAGUAGCGGAGUUUGCACCUCAGACGUUCAUCGAGCAGCUCUCGAUGUAUAAGAGGUCUGUGGAGGAGGCGGAGCUGAAGGAGAAGCAGCUCGCUGCUUUGAGAGUGGACGUGUGCAGCACGGAGGCGCUGAAGAGGCUCAAAGACAAGGCAGGGGGCAAGAAGUUCUCGAAGGAUUUUGAGGAGGGCAGCGCGAAGCUGCAGGAGUUUGUGGGCUUCUUGGAGCAGCAGAUGAAAGGAGGGCCCCCCCUGCUGGAGGCUCUGGGCAAUGCGGACGUGUUCUACGAGAUGCAGUACAAGGAGGUCAAAAUUGUCGCCAAUGCCUACAAGACCUUUGCCAACCGCGUGUCGAACCUCAAACGCAAGCUGGACGCCCUGAAGGCCACCCUCCCCGACCCCGACGACUCUCCCAUCCCCUCCCCCUCCGAGGACGCCCCCUCCCCGACGGGGUCCGAGUCCCCCUUCCACGGCAUGGGGGUCGCGGGGGCCAAGGGGGAGGGGCCGACGGGCGCGGCCAACAUGACGGACAUGGACCUCGACGGGCAGGCCAUGGACGACGGAGACGAGGCGGGCAUCUCCCUGGGGGACGUCCCCAGCCCGCUGUCCUCCCCCGGCGGGUCCCACGGCCCCGCCCACGGGGAGGGAGACAACAGGGACGUGGAGGACAUGGAGCUCUCUGAGGGGGAGGAGACGGAGAGCACCAGCAUCAUCGUAGAGGAGAGAAGGGAGAAGCCAGCCCCCGUUGCUGUGUCCAAGCCCACUCCUGCUGCAGCUGCUGCCGCUGCCGCUGCACCUGCUGCUACCGCUGCCACUGCUGUUCCCCCACCCCUGUGCAUCUCUGAGGAACCCCCUGCCAAACAGGCUGCACCUCCUGCCACUCCAACCGCAACCCCCACCGUCAUCCCCACCCCCACCCCUACCCCCACCCCAACCCCUACUCCCGCCCCCAACACCCCUGGGACGCCCGCAACCGCCCUCCCUGUGAACCUGGCCAACGUGGACCUGGGCAAGAUCAGCUCCAUCCUCAGCAGCCUCACUUCUGUGAUGAAGAGCACCGGCGUGAGCCCGGUGUCCCGUCCCUCCCCGGGGACCCCCACCACCCCCUCUGCCCACGGCUCGGUCCACAAGCCCCCCGUCCAGUCACCGGGAACGCCCCAAGCUGCUAACCCCCUAGCCAGCAUCCUGUCCCGGGUGGACAUCACCCCUGAGGGGAUCCUCAGCGCCCUGUCCAAAUCGCAGGGGCAGAGUGCCGGACUGCAGGGUCUGUCCUCCCUCCUGCACAGUGUGGCUGGAAACGCCUCCUCCACGGCCAGCAAAGAGCGGCCCCCCAAUUCCAGCGCCGCCCCGCCCCCUCUGGGGCACGGCUACUCCGCCCCCGAGGCCGCCCCUUCCCCGCUGCCCGCAGCGGCGGGCAAGGCCCCGGCCACGCCCACAACGCCCAAACAAAAACCCCCGCCGGGCGGCAGCUACAGGCGCGAGCUGGACCGGGAGCGGGGGAGGGAGCCGGAGAAGGAGAGGGACUCCGUGGCCCCCGUCCCCGCCUCCCCCUCCAGCCUGGAGUCCAAGAUCCACAAGUUCCUGCAGGGGAACCCCGGAUUCAGCGCCCUGAACCUCAGCAUCCCCAUCCUGGGCGGGGGGCCGGGGGGGGGCGGCGGCGGCGACAGCCCCCUGCUGGGCUCGGAGAACGUGGACGGGACCCCCGUGCGGGACGAGACCGGGGGCACCCCCACUCAGGACGAGAUCAUGGACAAGCCCGGCUCCGAGCCGCUGGCUCUGCUGGCGGACCCCGGGCCCUUAGGGGGGGCGAAGGCGCGCUCCUCGUCCGCGGGCCACGACCUCUCCCCCACCGCCUACCGCAGCGGCUCCUGGGACGGCUCGGCCUCGCCCCGCGCGCUGUUCGGCCCGGGCGAGGGCCGCGACGGGGACUACCGCUCCGCCCGCUACCCGGCCUUCGGCGCCGACAAGAAGCCCGACAAGAAGCCGGCGAAGUCCGCCCUCAAGUCCAAAGGGGAGGACGCGGCGAAGAGGAAGAUGGCGGGUUCCGCGUCUUCGUCGACGUCCUUGUCGUCCUCCUCCUCCUCCUCCGGCGCCCACCAAGAUUCGAAGCCCGCCCACGCGAAGGCCAGGAAGGACGGGCACGGGGGCGGGAACAACCUGGGCAAGCCCGCCUUCUACGACGGAGGGGGCGGAGAGAGGAGAGCGUCCGCGGGGAGCGAGCCCCACCCUCAUCACUCCCUCGCCCCCUCCGAGCGGCCCAAGGGCGGCGGGGCCCGGAAGGCGGGCGGCGGCCCGGAAGAGGGGAGCAAAGAGAGGGAGGGAGAGGGGGAGGGGGGAAAGGAGAAGGGGCCGGGGAGCGCCUCCCCCGUGCACCGGAUCGAAACCCUGGUGUCUCCCUGCGGGGAGGGCGCCCCCAUAGAGACGCUGGGGUACAGCAACCGCCGCAUGUCCGGGGAGAGGAUUCAGACCGUGGAGAGCAUCCGCGUGAUUGGCCGAGGCACGCGAGCUCACCCCAGAGGAGGCGGGGCCGGGGCGAGGCCGAGCCCCACGGGAGCCAGCUGGUACGACGAGGCCUACAUGGAGGGCCCGCCCCCUCCCGUCCUGGGCCCGCCCCCGUCUCUCGGGCUCCCGCCCCACCCCAGCAACCCCUCCUUACCCUCUCAGGGAGGCGCUGACGAAAGGGGCCCCUCCGCUUUGCCCCCGCCCCCCCCACAUCUCCUGCCCCCCCACCCCCACAUGCCCCCCGGCCAGUUCCAGUUUGAGGAGAGGCCGCUCAUGCCCUACCCUGGCGACGACCCUCACUCCCGCCCCCGCCCGCACCCCCACCCCACCCCACCAGCGCCCGCCUCCCUCCUCCUUUUCAGCUCCCCUCCCCCUCCCAUCCCACAGCCGCCUCCUCCCCCCAUCCCACAGCCGCCGCCCCCGCCGCGGGACUUCCUGUCUCCACCCUCGGCGGUCAUGGUCGGCGGCGUGCUGGUGCCGGUCGACCGCGUUCUGCCCUUCCCUCCCCCCAGACCCGACGGGGGGGAGCGAGGGGGCGUGGCCAGCGGCGGGGGCUCCGGGGGCUCGGCCAAUCCGGGCCCCCACUGCCCGCCGCCGCUCAUGUCCUCCCUGCUGGGCGAACCCCCGCAGUUUAAAGAGCUGCCCCGCCCGGGCACAGUCAAAGAGCAUUUCCCCCCCCGCCACGCCCCUCCUCUCCACCGCCCCGGCACCCCUGGGGCCCCCCCUCCCCUGCUGGGCCGAGUGAGGGAGGGUCCCAGCCCCCCGCCGUCCUCCGCCGCCUCCUCAGCACCCCCCUCGCCCUCCGGCGACCCCCCUCCCCUCCUCCUACCCCCGAACCGCCACCCCGCCCCUGCUGCGCGCGGGCAGCAGAACCAGCGGCCCCCGGCCAGCCCCCCCGCUCAGCCCCGUAACCACCGACGGCCCUCCUCCCCCUCUCCCUCCUGCGCCUGCCCACCCCCAGCCCCAGACCCCACCUCCGCCCGCCCCACCCCGCCCCCCUCCCUCAGAGACAGUUCCUCCGCGGUCGACCGCCUCAUCCCCUGCGCCCCCCCCUCUUUGACCGAGACCCUCCCUUCCAUGGGGGCAAGAGGCCUGGCCCGCCGUUCACUGGGGCCCCUGGGGGAGGGGUAGGGGGGGGUAGUCCAUUCUAUCCUCCCAAAAGACCUUUCUUACCCCCACGCUACUGAAUUAUCAAAAACACAAUUCAUGGGGGAGAAAAGUCUGCCUAAUAUUUAACAAAGGGCGAGAGGUUAUUCUAGAAAACAAAAACAAACCUCCCUAAUAUUUCAGUCAGAUAUGAACCUUCCAGGUCACGAAGCUAGCCCCCUGUGUGCUACGUGUAGGCAUCACAUUGUUACACAUACGUUCUCCCGUCUCUCACUAGUGUCCUCACACUGCUGUGCAUAGGGUGUGCUCUCAUAUAAUUUAAGUAUUACUCUCAUGGCCUUCCCCUCCCACCUCCAGGGCCCGGAGAAACUGCUCACUCCUCUCGAGCGCGAGGGGGGAAGUGAAAGGGGGAGGAUGGAAGGAUGAUCUAGAAGGAAGAGGGGUGGCAGUCUGGAGGAUUUGAGAAAAACAAGGUGGUUAUUUAAUUCAGUAUGACUCCUAAUUUGCCUUCCUUUUGUCUUAUUAAAGCUACUGGUCGACAUUAGUAAGACAGUCUGAGGUUAGGCUGGGGCAGAACAGGCCUGUUUCACGUUUGGAUGUGGUAUGAAGUUUGAGUUCAAGAAGAGAUUUUCUCCCUGCAUUUCAGUUAUUUAUUUAUGUUUUUGUCUACAUGGGUUUUGCCCUGGUGUGAGUGUAAUACAUUACUAGGUAGAAGUUUUUUUCUUCUUCAAAACAGGCUUUGACUGAACCACAUUGUUACAGAUGGGGAAUGUAUCAAACCAUCCUCUCAAAUAACCAUCUCUUGAAUUUUGAAAAUUCAUACCCUACCCUCCAUCCCCUUCCAGUAGUCCUGUCCAUUUUCCUAACUGUAAAAUAAUGUAUAUAACAAUAGUUUAGUCUCUCUCCCCUUCUGUAUAUUUCAACACUUAUGAAUAUAUAGAUCAAAAGGGGGUAGGUUGUGUAAGUCCUCAGAUUUACUUCUAUUGUCUGCAAUUACUGUUUUGUAGCUGGGGGCAAAUGGAUUACAAUCAUCACUAUUAUACUUGUUGUUAUCAUGAUUGUGAAGCGCUAGGUCAAGCAUAAGUGUAAGAGAAACCUGUUAAAUCUGUACAUAGUGUAAAUACUGCUCGUCUGCUCUCUUACCAUCUCUCGGCUCUGAGUGAAAAGAAGAUGGUUUAAGUUUGCCUACGAAGGAAGAAAACACUAUCAUGGAGAGAGAAAACGUGUAACAUUCAGUUGACGUUACGCGUGAGAGCGAUGCAUUAUAGAAAGGUAAUUAAGAGGGAAUCAACAAGCUAAUAAACUUACUAGGAGGGUGCUUUGAGAUUCAAAAAAGGAAAAAAAAAGAAAAGAAAAGAAAUAUCUCUUCCAGCGCUCAUGAGGCUUUUACAUGUACUGACUUUAAUAAAAACCAGAGUUUGAAAACACCCAGGAGAGGAUAUUUUCUUUACAGUCAUGGUUGUUCUUAUGAUCGCCAUUAUCAUGACUAACUACUGUGCUGGUUUUUGUAAUGAGGGUUUGUAUAUAGUUUUGUUUUCAUUUUCUUUUCUUUUUUUUUUCUUUUUUUGACUGUCAUUAUCACAACUGCUUGUUCUGGUUGUUUUAUACUUCCUUGCCGAUGUUUUAAUGUACAUUUAUGCCUUUGUGUGUCCUUUGAUGUCACCGCAGUAAAGUUUGGACAAGAGAUGUACAGUUCUGAAUGGUGUGCCUGAAACGAGAGGCAGGUGUGCGCAGCUGCUGCAGGCCGUCUGCGCAGCUGCGCAGCCGAGACUCCUGCCUCUCUGUGUUCUGACCCCCCACCCCCCGACCCUUUAAUCUUCUCUUUCACUCUCACUUUCUCUUCUGUUUGUUCUGUGUUUUCCACUUUAGCUGAGUUCUUGAUGUCUUUUCUGCCUUGUGUUUCUUUCCGCUUUACCCUCAUUCUACAACCCCAGUCUCUCUUUCUGUCUUUUUGUGUUCUUUUCCUGCUGUCUGCUGUGUAUCUCUUUGUCUCUGUCUGUUUCUCUAUCGGAUCUAACAUAAGUACACAAUAUGAUAUUAUGAUGAAGCACCAGUGAAGAAGCCCUUGUUCAUUUCUGAAAUUGUCAUAAACACAAACUGGGCAUAAGCAUGUCCCUUUUACUCAAUACAGACUUUCAAGUGUG